UUCACUCGAAACUUACCAAUUUUAUUUAUUAAAAGCCGAAUGUUUUUAAAUAGCCAGUUUUGAAAGAAGCUUAUUUUUGAAGCGAUUUGUAAAGUAUUAGAAUAAAAUGAUAUAUAUUUUUUAUUUGUACAGUUUUUGUAGAAACCCGAACUGACCAUUUUUAUUACAGUAGUUAUAAAUUCAAAUUAAGCAGAAUAUUUAUACAUGCAUUAAAGACUUUUGUUAAAUUACAUGAUAAACCAUUUUUUAUUAAAUUAUAUGAUAAACCAUUUUUUGGUUAGACUAGAAUUUGCAUGGCAUCGUAUUACUUAGAAUUAGUACAGAAUUCAUUAACGUUUCCACCUGUUUCAAAAGAUAUCAAUGUAUUUUUUGAUGAAUGCAUGAAGCAAGUAUUUGCAGUCUCAAACGAUAAUGACAGAACUCGUGUACAAGUAAAAAGAUUCGAUAGUAACUUGAAUACAGUGUUUUUAUUACAGAACAAAGGGCAUGUAAUUUCUAUUAAAUUCUCACCUAAUCAAUCUGUUUUAGCAAUUCAAAGAACAGUAAAAUCAAUAGAUUUUGUGAAUUUUAAUGAAGGUGCAAAAUUUGAUGAGUAUUCACAAACGUGUAAAGGUCAUUCAACACAAAUUAUUGGUUUUUGUUGGACAGGUAAUAAUGAUAUCGUUUUUGUUACAAAUCAAGGAAUAGAAUUUUAUUUAGUACAAAAUGAAAAAUACUCUUUAAAACUAAUAAAAACUUAUCGUACUUCAGUGAACUGGUUUGUUUUUCUUCCUGAUGUUUUUGUAUUAUUGUUAUCAUCAGAUAUAAUGGGAAACAUGAUACAUCCUUAUAUUUUUAAAAAUGGAUCUAUUACCAGAUUAUCAAAAUUUGAAGUUGAGAAUCCUCCAUGUUCUAGAAAUUCUCAGGCUGCUGCAUUAUUAGAAAGAGAUGUUACAAUUGCUAAUAUUUAUAACAAUAUAUAUGUUGUUGUUUUGCGAAAUCACCCUCGUUCAAUGAACUCUGUUGGUGCAGAAAUUGUUUUAUAUCAGUUACAAAAAGAGGGUCCUGCUAAAAAGACAGCUGUUUUGCGUUUAGGAGCAGUUGGUAGGUUUGCUGUCAAUGUAGUUGAUAAUUUGAUUUCUGUUCAUCACCAAGCAUCAAAAACAUCAAUGAUAUUUGAUAUUGGUCUUCAAGGAGAUUUUGAUGGUUUAGUGACUUACUAUUAUCCAGUGCUUUCUCCUUUACCUAUUGAGCCUGUAUUCUUUAAUAACGAUUCUAAAACUAUUGGAAGCAUAGAGAAUAAGUUAACUUGUGAAACCUACUCAGCCAAUUGGGUUGUGUUUCAACCUAAUAUUAUAAUUGAUGCGAAAUUAGGAUGUCUAUGGAAACUUCAAGUUAAACUAUCAUCUCUGUUAAAUAUGAUUAAUGAUAAAGUUAGACUUAUAGACUUUUUACUUCUUCGAUCUGGGAGUAAAAGUUUUAUUAUAUCAGUUUUAAACCAAUUAAUUACUCCAGGUUGUCAGUAUAAUCUUGGUAUCAUAACUCAAGUAUUUGAUAAGUUAAAUGCAGUUUAUUCAGAAUAUCUUGAGAUGAAUAGUUCUGGACAUUCUCAAGACACCAUUAAAGAAAAUGAUUUUACAGGACUUUGGUUUCAAAAUCAGUCAAUUAUUGAGCAAAAUGAUAUGUAUGUUAGUGUAUUUCAACCUUUUGUUGAAAUGGAGGGUUCUCCUAAAACAGUUGUUGCAAUUAUAUUAGACUAUAUUCGUUCAUUAAGCUGUUACAAGAUUCAAUUAGAAUAUUAUUUAAAUGAAUAUCUUAUAGAAAUUCUUUUUGAUCAUAAAAUGUACUAUCAGCUCCAUCAGUUUUUACAAUAUCACGUUUUUAAUGAUUCAAAAUCAUUAGCUUUUUUACUUAUCUCCCUGCAAAAGGAGUAUCCGCCAGCAUUUAAUUUAGCUCUUGACAUGCUUAAAAGAUUGGGUAACCAUGACGAUAUAAUUGAAGUCUUGUUAGAAAAAGAUGGCAUUAUUUGUGCUUUGAAAUCAUUGCAAGAAAAUGAUCUGACUGAUUUAAUUGCUCCUCAAAAAUUUCUAAGUGCUGCUUUAGCAACAGGGGAUGACCUGAUAUUUCAUACUGUGUUCACUUUUUUCCAACAGAGAAAUGUAAAGCUUAGAAAAACUGUAAAGUUUGCGCGCAGUGAACAAUGUGAAAAGUUUGAAGCUAUUUUUGAAGAAAAAUUUGGAAAAUCUUAUAAGAACACUGAUGAAAACUUGCUUGAAAAGUUAGAAGUUUUACAAUUAUAAAAAUAGAAAAGUUUAGCUCUAAUUAAUUUGUUUUGUAUUAUUGAGCUGUUUUUUUUAUAAAUACAAAAAUGCUCAAA